AUGGUAAGAAUGACCGCUUCCGGGUCACCCCGAGAUUGAGCGUGUUGUUGAGGAUUGAGUUCGCUGUUUUCUUGUUCUUCUCUUUUCUCUGUUAACGGCGCAAUGAUGUAAAUAAGGAGAACAUUUGAGGAUCUCCAUGACAUGCGCUACCGGCCUCCGUCCCGCGAGAUUCGGCCUGAAGACUGAGGCGUGAACGUCUGGAAGAAGAGGAGGAUGUGGCAGAGUGUUGGUUUGACCGUGUUGGUGAUCGUGGCCACGCUGAUAUGUGUCCUCCUCUUCAUGCUCUUCGGGUGGUACGUGGUGUGGCAGCUCUUCCUGUCUAAGUUUAAGUUCCUGCGGGAGUUGGUGGGAGACACCGGUUCUCCUCAGGCUGAGACCGAGCCCUCCGAGUCCGAGAGUGAACGCAGCUCGCCCCCGACGCCCCGCCACAGACCCAAAAGCGCUCGCCAAAGGAUCGUCCCUCCUGACAGCACUACAUAGAGCCCUGAGCCAGAUCUCCUCCAGUUCACCGUCAGAACCCUUAUGCUGUUUUAGGCUGGACGUGAGGUCAUGCAUCAGUCACUGUGCUCUCCCUCACAUCCUCUCAUCAUGGUCACACUCGUUCACAGUCGGUCUGAAGGCAGGGGCUGAGUCACAUGUUCAUGUCCCGACUAACACGCUGCUACCCUCCACUCCGGACGUAUAGUAUGUUUACGUGAGAGUGCAUCCAUAUGUAUUUGUUAUUGUUUAACCAAUCUGUUAAUGACUCAAGCUCACAAAAAAACAAGCUGAUGACUGAAGGUCCAGUGUUUCUGGGAGCUAACAGCACUACUGUUCACAAUGUCUGGAAGCUGUUUCUGCCAAAGAAUAAUCAUAGUAAAAAUAAAAGGUAAUUCUGACUUUUUAUCUCACAAUUCUGAUGGAAAAACUGAAUUGAAAGAUAUAAACAUUUAACAAAUAUUACUUAUUUUUUUCAGUUUACAUAAAAAUGCUAAUUGCAUUUUUGUUUCACAACUCUGACUUUUUUCAUACAAUUUUCAUACAAUUUUUUAGAAUUUCAUGGCAUAAACAAAAAGACAAAUGUGUAAAUUGUGGAGAAAAAAAAACUCACAAUUGUAUUUAAAAAUUCAGGUCGUAAUUACUUUUUAAUUCAUUUAUUUAUUUUUCAUAACUGAAACAGGCUUCCAUAACAAUUUGUCCAACAAGUGCAAUGACCGCUUCUUUAUUUGCCACAAAGUAAUCAUCAUUUUGACAGGACUGCACACCCUAACAAUGUUAAGAAUAGGCACAUUAGGAUGAUGUUGUUGUCAAAUUUCCUUCGCUCCCAACACAGCGUAGUGCUUUAUGAUGGCAGCCAUCAGUCCCCUCCGCUCCGGCUUGGGUUGAAGUCGUCCUGUUUGAGCGGAUGGAUCUGGGAGACUCCCAUCUUUAGAGAAGCAUUAGAGCUAGAACUGCCUGACACUGUCCACAGGGCAGCUUCUGUAGAAAUGAUCACCAGUGUAGACGGUCACAUGGUCUUUUUCUGUCUUUUUUUUGGUCCCUUUUAUGACAGUAGAUGUUUUCCCUUCAUAAUAAAUAUAUUUCAUAAAA